AAACAGUUUCUUGUUAAUAUUAAUAUUUCUGCAAUUCAUAAGGACUCUAACGACUCAAAUAAUUUUGAAAAAUUACUUUUAGAUGUAAUAUGUGUUAGUGUAUGGGCAUUAAGUUUUUAUGAUCCAAAAAAUGCUCAAGUGGUUACUAACAAGUAUUAG